AUGUCUACAUUGGGCCAACAGCGAAAAAUGGUCGAACAAUUGCGACAGGAGGCCAGUUUGUCGCGGCGUCCAGUGUCCGAAUGUGUUCGUGAUAUGAUCUCGUUCAUGGAACAGAAUCGGGAGAAGGACUGCCUUGUGAGUGGGUUCGCAAGCAAGAAAGAUAAUCCGUUCCAGGAGAAGGGCGGUUGCCUCAUGUUGUAA